UAUCAAUAUUAUCACAAUCACAGCAUCCAGUGAGUCGACAGCUAGCAGCGAGCUAGCGAGGCCGACAUAACAUAACAAAACAUAAAAUAUAAAAAUACAAUAACAUUUACUAGACAAUAAUAACUUCAUUUUACAAUUUACGCGUUAUUUUCCCGCGCAACGAAAAUUAAAUGUCAAAUGUCAAAAUACAUUUUUUUUUAAUUUUUUUUUUUCGAUUUCUUCCACUGAUAUUCUCGUAAGCAUUAAGGAUGUCGGUUUUGAUUUUAUUUGUUUUGUUAAGUGAGUGUGCUUUGGGACAAGAUGUCGGAUCAUCUAUUGAAGUUGGUACAGUGGACGGUGUAGUACGAGGAUACAAGAAGGGGAACAUCAAUUACUUCCGCGGCAUUCCUUACGCUGCAGUUGACGAAAACAAUCCGUUUGCAGAUGCCCGUCCAUACCCGCACUUCGACCAACCAUACGCUGCGACCGACGACUCAGUAAUAUGUCCUCAGUAUUCGAACGGAAUAAAAGGCAGUAUACAGUGUCUACGAGUGAACGUCUACACGCCACAGAAUGCCCUCCCAGGGCAAGACCUCCCUACCAUGGUCUUCCUACACGGAGGAGGCUUUUACGAAGGCAGUGGGUCACUAAAAGAUUGGGCCCCAAACUUCCUAGUCAAACACAAUGUAAUUCUAGUCACUGUGAAUUACAGACUGGGCCCAUACGGUAACCUUUGCAUACCAAACACAAAGUACAAUAACCAAGGAUUAAAAGACCAGGUGUUAGCUCUGAAGUGGGUGAAACGAAACAUUGUCAAGUUCGGCGGUGAUGUCAAUAAUAUAGUUUUGUUUGGUCACAGCGCGGGCUCUGUGUCCGCCGACAUACAUUUGUUGUAUAACAGAGAAAAUUUGUUUAACAAAGUCAUAUUGCAAAGCGGACAGGCUGUAUCUCCGCUCAUAACUGACGCCACCCCUUAUGAAACGUACGCGAAAGACAUCGGUAUGUCAGACGAGAAUAUCGAUAUUGAUCGUUUUAUUGAAAAAUUGGCUUCUAUAAACGUUAACACGUUUAUAAAUAAUACUAAACAUUAUAUUUUUCGUCCGUGCAUCGAUGGGGACUUUAUAACCAAUGCUCCACCGACGAAAAACAUGCAAAAUAUACAAAUAAUGGUCGGAGACACAGAUAAAGAAACACUAUUCUUCUAUAGAGACGUGAAAUCGUUUCAAAGUUUCGAUUUAUCAACCGAUUUACGACAAGCGUUUACCGAUUCCGUUGUCAAUGUAAAAAAUAUCGAUGAGAUUAAAAAGAGAUAUGAGUUGGAUCAGGAAAAUGAGGAUAGAUUGAAGGAUUUGACGAUCGAUUUCGGUUCAGAUUUGUUUUUUAACUUUCCUACUGUGAGGAGUAUUAGGUAUUACUUACAAAGCAACGCUACGGUGUAUAGAUACGUGUUUAAAUACGACGGUGAUCGAAACUUCGUAAAGAAACGCGAGCGCCUCACGUGGCCGGGCGCUACACAUGGUGAUGAGUUGGGCUAUUUGUUCGAUAUCAUGUCUUCAAACAAAAUCACCGAUCUACAUGUCGUCGACUGGAUUUGUCUGCUGUGGACGAAUUUCGCUAAAUUUGGCAACCCCACACCGCCGCCGUGGUCACCCGAGCUCCCAGUCACUUGGCCCCGCACCACGGCAGCCACAGACCGCUACCUGCAGAUAGACAGGGAGCUGAUCAUCUUGGACGGACCCUACACAGUCAGGAUGGCGUUCUGGGACUCCUUCUACGGGCAACACGGACAGGCUGCCAGGGGGAUCCGUCUGGGGGAGCAGUGGACUGGAUCUGUGUAGAAUAUUCAUUUUACGCCCGAAUACUCAAAAGCUAUUACUCAAUUAUAAGUUGUAGGUACUUAAAUAUCGUUUGGGCUCCGGAGCAGGUCUAAUAGAGGGCCCGGUGCCCCUUACAGGUGUUGAGGGUGGCCACCGGGGUGGUU